AUGAAUGACUUGUUCUUCCCUGAACUAUAUGACCUGAGGCUUGAAAAUCUUCCCCAACUUACUGGAUUUUGUGCUAGAAGUUUAACUGACUUUCCAUCCUUGAGAUGGUUGGUGAUAAAGAAAUGUCCUGAUUUGAAGUCAUUUAUCUCCAACACUGCAAGGGAUCAGAGAAUAUUGGCAGCAGAAUCUCAAAGAGAAGCAAUACCUCUCUUUGAUGACAAGGUCAAGCUACCCAACUUAGAGAGAUUGCUAAUUGAGGAGAUGGAUAACUUGGAAAAACUAUGGAACAGCCAACUCGCCCCAGAUGCUUUCUCCAAACUAGAUUACUUUGCAGUAUGGAACUGCAAAAAACUAUUAACGGUCUUCCCGUCCAAUAUGAUAAACAGGCUCCAGAGAUUAGACCGGAUGCGGGUAAAUUGUUGCCACUCAUUAAAAUCAAUAUUUGAACCUCUAGGGCCUGAGCUUCCGGAAUCUAGAUCAGCAAUCCCCAAGUUUGUAUUUCCUCAAGUAACUGUCUUGGAGAUUUGGGACAUACCAGAACUCAGAAGUAUAUACCCCGGAAUGCAUACUACAGAAUGGCCAUUGCUGAAAAGAAUGCACUUACAUGGAUGUGACAAAGUGAGUGUAUUUGCUUCAGGAGCUCCUUGGUUCCUGCAAACACAAAGAGACGAGCAAACAGAGAUUUCAAUUCAACACCCUCUCUUCCUGGUUGAUGAGGAGACUUUUCCUAACCUGGAGGAGUUGAAGUUGGAAAGAAUUGAUGCUAUGACAGAGAUAUGGCACGGAAAAUUUUCAGCAUUACUACCAAAUCUUGAAAAGCUUAAUAUGAGUGAAGCCCCCUUUGAGUACAUAUUUCAAUCUAGAGAGGGUGCUAAGGAGGAAAUACGUGCCAGGAGACUGACUAAGUUAAGUGAAUUAAAGUUGUCGAAACUCCCUGAGUUAAAGCAUCUACUUAAGGAGGAACACGAACCUGGCCUUGUUCUUCCUGGCUUAAGGCCUGAACAAAUAGUGUCGAUAAUAUUCAAGAAUCUAACUGUUCUGGAG